AUGCUUCCGGAACCAACAAUCACUCUUAGCAUCCCUAGCAUAAACGAUGGGACCCUUCUUGAUUGCCGCAUCUACCAUCCUCUCUCGCUAGCUGCGAAUCCAGAAGCGCCGACAUGGCUGAAACAUGCCGCUGUGGUGGCUCAUCCGUAUGCGCCCAUGGGAGGAUGCUACGAUGAUCCUGUCGUAGGAGCUGUAGCUGCGCAAUUGCUUCGAAAAGGUUUCCUGGUAGCAACCUUUAAUUUCCGGGGUGCUCAUGGAUCGGCGGGACGGACUUCAUGGACUUCGAAACCCGAACGAGACGAUUAUGCGACCGUUGUGGCGUUUGCUCUACAUUACGUCCAUUACCUCGAUCCUUUCAAACCACAUCUAGAAAGCUUUCUAAAAAGCGAGCCCUCGACGCCGACAAGUUCAGACAUACCAAUCGGCUUGGAUACGGCCAUCGCAUCGGUUCCUCGCGUACGACCUGUCUUACUUAUGGGCGGCUAUUCAUACGGUGGCUUCGUAACGAGCCGGAUACCUCCGCUCGAUGCGAUUCUCCAACCAUUUAUAUCACCAAUUGUAGGGUCAGAUGCAGCAGAAGUCCGACUUCGAGCUGAGCAUUUAGCCGAACAGCAGAAUGUCAUCCUGUCUAGUACUCGAUCUGCGAUGAUGGAAGGAUCAGCGAGAGGGAGGAGUAAGCGCGGUGUCAGAGUUGGUGGUGACGAGAGUGGUAGCCGCAGUCCCCGCCGAAGCACUUCUAGCGCAAGAAGAAGUUUCUCUCUGGACGAUGAGAGGUUUCGAAGGGGUGUUCAUGAUUUUAUCGCAAAGGCGCGGGUAGGCAGGCAUUCCCGCAAUGUCUCACAGACGUCUCCGUCAAAGGUUUCAGAAGAACCUCAGCCAGGAGAGAGUCUACCGAGAAUUACAGAUCUCACCAUGCCGAGGCCAGCUUAUCUCAUGGUUUCACCACCACAAGGAAUCGUCAUGCAUGCAUUAAGCAUGUCAAUUCUUCCGUCGGCAUUCACGAAGAAUAAGGAUCCGCAUGAUUCGGCGGCGGAAGAAAAGCUUAUCAGGAAUCCAUCGUUGAUGAUAUUUGGGGACGAAGACGGGUUCACAGCUGUAUCAAGGUUCAGAUCUUUAACAGCCAGGCUGCAUGAGAAAAAAGAUUCUGGGUUUAGAGGAGUCGAAAUUGAAACGGCGGGACAUUUUUGGAUAGAACCCGGAGUUUUGAAUCAGAUGAGAGAUGUGGUUGGGAGGUUUGCUAUUGAAGUACUUGCAGGUUAG